AGUCAGUCCCGGUCCGGACUUCAUCGCGGUAAUAUUGCACGCUCGAUCGUAGCCGGCGCCGUUCGUACGCGCUUCUUCCCUUCGUGGACCAUCAAUUAAACCGCAUCGAAACUAAUUUUUGUCGAUCGUUCGCGAAUGUUCACGACCCGUCGUCGAUCCAAUGAUUCUGUAUCGCGAUUAAUCGGAGCACCGCGGUGCCCAUAUUGUAACGGGAAACGAGGCCCAGUGAAAUUCUACGCGCUCCCUAAACAGUGAAAGUUUCGAAUCGACGGAAUAGAGAUAGAAAGAGACUGAGAACGUUGUGUAAAUUUUGGAGAAAUGAUCGACGAUGCGAUCUAGAGUAUCUCCGCUCGCGGAUUGUUAUUCUUAAUUCGAUUGACCGUGGAUUUCGUCGGUCCAGUGCGGAUUCGAUAAGAACCAGUGACAGGUAGCCAGAAUAUUCAGUGAGAAUCGAAUGCAAAGUCGCCGGCGGAACGCGGGAAUCGAUCUCGAGGCGCUUCGAUUGAUCGUUGAGGGGACAGUCUGAACGGAAGGAGGAGGCCAACGAUGCCAGAGACGGAAGCAAAAACAUAGAAAUCGCUUCGUCGCCAGGCUGCGAGGAUUCGAUCGAUCAGGAUAUCGCGCGCGUACACAGACUCACGGAUAGCGAUGCGGUUGCAUUCCGCGGCAACGAUCCUUCCGCAUAAUCACUGACGCUCUGCAAGAUGCGAAGCGAGGUAGGAGAAUGGCUGCCCACCUACGUAGGUUCACCGAUAUGCAUCCUGUUGCUGUCAUGGUCGCUGCUGAUCUAUCAAAAUCAGCCAUCUUCGGCGAAAAGGAGGGUCGACGUGUUUACGGUGGCCAUUCUCUCCGAGAGUCUCGCGCAUCAACUUGGACUCCUUUUCUACGCGAUCCUUACUCUCAUUCGGCCGAUUAAUCACUUUGGAGAGUUCUGCUCGACUCUAGUCUGGAUGCUGAACUCGUCCAGCAUCCUCCAGGAACUGACGUUAACCUCGAUCGCGAUCUUCACCGCGAUCAGCACCAGAGACGAGGGUCUACGCCUCACGAAAAACCACCUCAAGUAUCACCUGGUCAGUCUCAGCGUGAUCGGUGCCUGCGUCGGUGUGACGGGCGUUCUGAACUUUGAACCGGAACUCUGCGUUUUCAUGGCCCAGGAGAUUUCCAUCAAAUAUGGCGUCUUCGUCAACUCCCUGCGGUGUUUGUUACUGUUGACCACGCUGAUUAGCUUGUUGGCGGCUUUGUUCAGAAGCGUCUGUCGCACGCGAAAGGCAGAACUGCUGAAGUCAGUGUCGGAUCUGUCGGAGACCAGCUCGAAGAACUCCUCCGGGGCGUUCGAAUGUCAUCCGCAGCACUGGGAUCCUUCCAGCGGAUCCUGCACCAGCGGAUCUACCAACAGUAGAGCCUGUCUCAGGAAGAAGAGAGUCCAGGUGGACGAGGCCAGUGGGAGAUCCACCAUUUACAGCAUCCUCUUCGUCUGCUACGUCUUUCAACAUUUGCCUAUCUUGGUGAUAUCCAUCAUGCCAAAGCUUCUUAUGGAUUUCUGUACACCCCAAAAUCUCGCGACUUGGUUACCCCUGGUGAAAGAUACCCUGUUACCAGUGUUCCUGGCGCUUUUCGACAAAAUGUUUUGUCGGUACGUAGCGAAGGUCUACACGAAGCAAGAUCACGCGAGAAGAUUGUCGCACGGUGGUAUAGACGGCAAGUUUCGUCAUUUCGAGCAGGACGCCGAGUACAAGUUGCAGCUGAACCUAAAUCAUGGCUUAAAGUUUCCAUUGACCAACGGAAGCCUCUACGGGAGAUUACACAAUCAUCAGAACAGAGGAAAGACUGGAACCAUCACAAUGGGCAUACAGCAUUAUCCCAGAACACAGUCCCUAAACGAGGAUAGCAAUUACGCUUCUCUUCCCGCGGAGCUGUCGUCCAUCACCAGUUCAACUUUCGAGCCGCGUCAGGACGCGAACACGGUUGAAGCACCGAAGAAAAUCACGAUGGAACAGCAGAGCAAACGUCCAAGACCGAACGAGAGUUUCCAAGAGCUGCCUAUCUGUCGCCGGAAAAUCGGUAGCACGGACGUCUUUGGACAGAAUAUGGAGAACCUUGUCCAGCUGGAAGAUCCCUGCAGCAAACAUAAGUUUACCAAAAGUCUGGACGAGAUACGAGAGGAACCGCCGAGAAGACACGCGAGGAGCGUGCUGGGUUUGGAGAAUUUAAUGGUGGGAUUGGACAACAACCUCCAGGAACAGCAGCAGCGUUACCCUAGAAUCGCCCUGCGGAGAAAUCAGAGCUUCGAUCAUGCUCGAUGCCAAUCGUAUCAUCGACCAAUCCUCGACUCAAGGUCGUACGAUUUAAAGAAGCAGGAUCAGAGGAAGGAGCAACAGAACGCGCAGAAACAAGAGGUCCAGGGAGGUGCAGACGGAUACGAAACCUCCGACGAUGAGAGCUGCGAUAUGGAAAACGGGGACUUUGACACAAUGAGCUCCUGCAGAAGUCGAAGCAGAAGCUGUUGCUCCGUCACCACCGUGGCAAACGACGAUUUUGAAUAUUUCCAACGUAAGGGAACCAAGGUGGAGCUGUUGCCCUCGAAGAGAGCCAGUGAGGUAAAGGUCAACAUGCGAUCUUUCACGCCGAGGAUCAUCGAGAACGGGACGAACGACCGCGACGAGAGGAGGAGCAAGACGGACGACACGAAGCCGAGCAUACAAUCCUAUCACCUGAAGCAGAAAAGGAUAGGGCCUGGCUACUCGAUGAACGACUUGGACAAGCUGACCGUGGACGGUAAACUGCCCGAUCUAUCGAUAGAGAGCCUGAAGAGCAUCCUGACCAACCCCGGAGUUAGUUACCUGGACAAUGGGGACAUCUGCAGGCACGACAUUGGUGGUUCCGUGCCCGAUUUCAAAAAGAUUUUCGUCACGGAGUUCAUAUGAUGCGACCAUUAACAUUUUUCAAUACCUAUGCGUAUCGUAGAGCACAUUUGUCGAUUCCGAGUCUAUACGAACCGCUCGCGAUUUAUAUCCUGGCUGUAUAUUCGAGUAAAUUGCACCGAGAAGACUGUACAAAGUGUUCAUGUAAAGUAAGGAGGUACCUUCUGUUAGAACAGUUGGAAUCGAUUCUGUAAAAACGUUGGUUGCGCGAAGGAAGAAACGAAUAUUGAAAGGACUGUAGAAAGUGUUUUUUUGUAAAUUGAGAAAGCUUCUUUUGUUGAAAGAGUUAACGCUGAUCUUGUGAAAAUAUUGCCGGAAGAACAAAGUGAAUUGAUCGUUGAGCCUACGUCUGGACGUAGAUAAGUUUUGGAGGGACUGUAUAAAAUUUUCUUACGAAUUAAGAGAAUUUCUAUUGUUAAAAGAGUCGUAAGAACGUUGAUCGACUAGAAAACGAAGAGAAUGAACUGCUGGAUCCAUAAUUAAAUGGUGUAGUUUGCAAGGACUCGUAGAAUUUGCAUGGAAUAACAAUGGAAGGUCUGUAUAAAGUAUAUUUGUAAAUUAAGAAAGCUUCUUUUCUUAGAAAAUUCAAAAUCUACCCUGUUCGAAUAUUGUUAAAUUUAAAAAAGAAAUGAAUCAAUUGUUGGACUUAUAUCUAGGAGUAACUUGACAAUGUAGAAUUUCUAUGAAAUAAUGAAAAGACUGUAUAAAGUGUUUUUUUUUAAAUUAAAAAAGUUUCUUCCGUUAAAAGAGUCGUACGAUGAUUGACUAAAAGAUGAAGCGAAUAAACUAUUGGAACUAUCGGAAUAACGAUAGGUCUGUACAGAGUAUAUUUGUAAAUUUCAUAGAAAAAUUAUGAUCGACCUUGUAAGAAUAUUAUUAAUCCGAAAGAAUAACUUGUGGAUUUACUUUUAGGCGGAAUAGCGUUUGUCGAGACUCGUAGAAUUUCGACGUAAAGACUGUGCAGUGUUCUCGCAAAUUAAGGAAGCUUGUUGUUAGGAAAGCAAGGAUAUAACCUCGAUAGAAAUCUGAGCUAAUCUCCUGCAGUUCCUCUAUGGCGGAGAUCUAGAAAAUUAUAUAACUGCCACGCGGAAGUAGUUGAAUUGGAAAGUUAGCGAGCGCAACGGGUCGAGUUGAAGAAGUCAUUAAUUAAUCGAGUUUCUUUCCUUUUUCUGCGUUCGUCCGAUAAGAAUCGCUUCUUCGAAGCUCGCGCUAAUGCGAUGAAAGCUAUGAUUAAACUGCGGAUGUUUAUGCAAGGAAUGUACAAGAAAUACUGUUUCCGUUUAGUCCGUACAAAUUGCCGACAAUUAAUUCUUACACAAACAACUUCAAGUUGUCCAUAUUGGGACGCGCCAUGGCGUUGAAAUGGCAGAAAGUAGAAUACAAAUUUUAUUUGAACAAAUUAAGUAGUUUCAAGGAGUCUUUUCACUGUUUCUUUCGUGGCUUUAUGCAUAGCUAUUUCGAUCAAAAGGAUAUUCCUUAAAAUGCAUUUUGACCCAAAUAGAUUUGGAAAUGAUUUAAAAAACAUAAAAUUAAUUUAAUAAUCAUUGUAGGAAAAAUCAGAAAGUCAA